UUGAAUGAAACAUACAGCUAUGGCAAAUAAAUUUACAUGGGAUGAAUAUAUCAUAACUUUGAUAAUAAUUCAACAGUACAUUGUCUCCUCACGAAUAAUAAAAAGACCAGUCUGUGAACAGAAAGUGGAAAUACACGUAUAUUUAUUUUUUAAUAUCAAAAUUCCAUUGGAAUGAAAAGAGACUUUUUUCUUCAUUUAAUGAUACAAGAUAUUUACUCACAGAUUUAAAUCGUUCUCAGAAAUUUUGUAUUCUAAUGUCAUAUGAUUCAAACUAAUAUGAGGUCAUUAAAUUAUCCUUUAAUUGAUCGGCUAAUGGAAACAUGUUUUAACUUUCUUCAGCACCGCUGACUAUUAUAGUUUUAUUCAACUGACUUCUGUACUUGUUGCCUAGACUCAGUACAAUUAGUAUACAUGAGUCUAUGCUUUAAAGAGGACUGUGAUUGAAAAUGUUUUGAAAGGAAAAGGAAUGCUACAAAUCUUGUGUUAACAUGAGUGACAACUUCCAUAAGUAUCUUAAUAACGGAAGUGUAACAACCUCGAAGAUGUUGCACGAUAAUUUAGGCUAUACUGAUAGUUGGAUUACAAAUCAUCCCACUAUAAGUACUUUUAACAUGAGUGUAAACGGAACAUUAAUUCCAGAAACGCUUGACCAGUUGAAUGCUAGGUAUGCAGCGGCCUUGUUGCCAUUUACAGUUAUUCUAGGAUGUUUUGGAAUCAUUGGAAUUAUCGGAAACAUUUUAGUAUUCAUUAUUUAUGGAUGUGGUAAAAAGUUCAAAGACCAGAAAUUCCGGUAUUAUGUGUUAACACUUGCAGUUAUUGACUUCAUCACAUGUCUUACAUUGAUACCAGCGGAGAUGGUUAAACAUAUAAGCUACUUUAACUUUACAGAAAGGGCGUUGUGUAAAACAAAAUGCUUUUUCAACGUGUUUGCAGCUUCAUCAGCCAUAUAUUGCUUGACUCUUAUAGCCGCAGAUCGCUACAUUAUGACGUGUCAUCCAUUGUUCUUUGCAAAACUUCAGAAAUAUUCCUUUAGCUUCGCGUCAAGACUAUGUAUUUUGAUGCUAUUUUUAGCAAUUUUGACGUCUGUACCUGCAGCGAUUCUGUGCGGUAUUACACAGUCAACAAUGACAGAUAUAAAUGGCUUUGACAUUAAUGUUUACCUGUGCAAAACAGAACCAUUUUACGAGAACAUCCCGUCAAGAUACAUUUACAGAUUUGCGUUAUGUGCAGCCCAAAUAUUAACCAGCAUUAUCAUCGUACUUCUUUACGCGCGCAUCGGCCAUGUUGUUGUGACUAUUAUGAAAAGACGAGAAUGCAAACAUGGCAGGAUACCACUGAACGAUCUUAGAGGAAAACUAUACAGGGGCGCGCAAUCUAGUUCGAUGAGACCAGGGUGUCACUUAUGUUCAUCCAGCAUUCCAAGUAAUAUCAAACUGUUAUUUGUGGUCACUGUGGUUUUUAUAGUAACGUAUGCUUUCUAUACGUCUCUGACAUGGGUUGACCAGACCAAGCUGUCACCCACACAAUUUUUCUUUUUCUCUGUAUCCUUCCGUUUGUAUUUUAUUCACAGUAUUAUCAAUCCUUUUUUGUAUACUAAAAUGGACAGAUAUUUUCGGAAUAGGUGUCUAAAACUGAUACGAACGCUUUUGCGCAGCUAAAUGAUUCUAUAUCAUUUAAUGUUUGAUUUCAGAAUAAUUUGAUAUAUCAAAGUAAUUUUCUUUCAAUACUUCUCUCUCAACUGCGAUAAGUUGCACUUCCUCUAAUAAAAAUGCGAUACUCUGAAAGGUCACUCCAAAGAAAAAGAAUGCUAGUAUGUUUUAAGGGCUGGUAAAUGAAAUAGUGGAAAUUUAGACCAUACAUGCAAAACAAAACAUCCCUCAGAAAGGAAAAUGAGUGGUCAGGAAACAGAACUCUAUAUCAUUUAAU